AUGGAUAAUGAUCACAAGAAGUCGCACAUGCCCAAUAGUGAUGUUUGUACGUUUAGUAUGGACCUUCAACAAGUUUUUAGUCUUCCUGCUCUAAUACACAGUAAAAUGUACUACUUAAGGCAACUAAGUGUGUACAACUUUGGUAUUCACAUCGGAGACAACAAUGGCGUUUUUACUUUUUUGUGGCAUGAAGGACAAACAGGUAGGGGUGGAAAUGAAACUGCAUCUGCAAUGUUGAAAGCAGUGCGUUGUUGCAAAAUUACACCAAAUCGUAAAUUGAUAGUCUGGAGUGAUAAUUGCGGAGCACAAAAUAAAAACUAA